GUGACAGUGUCUCUUCGACCUUCACCAUGACAGACACGCGUCAGUUCGGUGAUCUUGCAACUCAGCUCAUUGCCGAAUCUCGUAGAUCGACCCUAACAGACACUCUUCUCAAAUACAAUGACAAUCUUGUCCGAUCCAUCAUCCGGGAACAACGCGAUCUCGAAAAAAUGACCGAAAACAGUCAGAACGUCACUCCAGCGAUGCUCAUCUAUCAAACAACCAUUGUACGAAACAAAAGAUGUCUUCUAGCAUAUCACAAGCACCGUAUGGAUAGACUGCGCGAUAUGUACUGGACCGCAGGAGGCGCUUUACCGCAUAUCCUCAGCAAUCAGGAUAUUCGCAGCAAGCUCUCUCCUCAUGAAGUCGACUUCCUCCGCCAAUAUAGCACGUCUGUGAUGGAUUAUCGUGCUGGUUUUUCCAACGAGCUCGAUAUCACAGCCAGUAUCACACAUCCGCCCAAAGACUUGCAUGUUCUGGUUCACGUUAUCAGGGAUUGUGGGAUCAUACAGACAGAGCUCGGGACCAUCGAUUUUCAGAAGGGACAGAGAUUCAUGGUUAGGAGGGCUGAUAUUGAACACCUCAUCGUGCAAGGUUAUCUCGAGGAAGUUUGAUAGUGCGCUGCAAAUUUUUCAUUAACAAAAAGGUUUUGACCAUGAUCAGAAAGGAAACACGUGGCGGUGUUUAUUUCUGGUGCUGCCAAACAACUCGGCACUUUGUCCAACGUGUCUACGCGUUACAUCAAGUACUCCACCACUAUGAUGCGACGUGGACUUCGCAAUUGCUCAAGAUUGUCAUCAAGUGCAUCGAUCUCACAAAAUCGCUUUCCUUCAUCUCCUAAAUAUCUGUCCACGCAUUUACGAAGGUUGUCAACCGCAACUCCUACGGCUUCUCCAUUCCUUACCGUCCAGCCAACAAACAAACGUUAUGAUCUCUCUUUUUCUGAGGGCCCUAGUCCUCCCAUGUUUACGC